AUGGUGGAAACACAGACAGAAGAAACAGAGAUUGAUCCGCACACAAAUCACAAUCAUCCUCUUCAUCUACAAGCUUCAAAUACUCCUGGAGUUGCAUUGAUUCCUAUGAAGCUCACCGGACCAGAAAAUUAUGGUGUAUGGAAUAGAUCGAUGCGUCUAGCACUUCUAGUCAAAAACAAACUUAGAUUUGUUGAUGGCACAUGUGCUAAGAGUUCAUAUAAAGGAAACUUAGCAAUUAGAUGGGAGAGGUGUGAUGUUGUUAUGCUAUCAUGGAUUAGUGCAGCAUUAGCUCCAGAAUUGAUGACAAGCAUUGUUUAUGCUUCUAGUUCGAAGAAGAUCUUGAACGAUUUCAAGAAAAGGUUUGACAAAUUGAAUUUGACCAGAAUUUUCCAUCCGUGGAAGGAGAUCACAAUGAUUCGUCAAGGUACUGAUUCUGUAGCUUUUUAUUACUCAUUAAUUAGAGAUCUAUGGGACGAAAUGGAUGUAAUGGUACCAUCUCCUUCUGUGAUUGUGUGGAGUCAAGUUCUAAUGUUGAACAUGUUAAACAACAAAGACUGCUACAGUUCUUAA